UGCGAGCGCGGAUUCUCGGCGGAUUCCCUCCGUUCUCUCACCGCUCGGACCCUCUGUGCUUGGCAUUGACAUCUUCAAGACUAGACUUUUGCGACACUCCAGCUCCAAGAUCCGAGGAUCGCCCCAACCACACCCGCCAACAUGUCCGUCGCCGCUCUUUCCAAGUCGCUGCCGAAGCCGAAAUACACAGGCGAAGAAGAAGAGCUAACGCGAAGCACACGCGUGCUGAGCUCUGAACAGUACGAGACCCAAGUUGCAAGGCGACAGAACGGCCCACCACCGUAUGGCAGCAGGCAAAGCUGGCGGCCGCGCACCGCCGAGGACUUUGGAGAUGGCGGCGCGUUUCCUGAAGUGCACGUUGCGCAAUACCCUCUCGAUAUGGGAAAGAAGGGCCAGCCAUCCACAUCGAACGCGAUGACACGGCGCGUAGAUGCUGAGGGAAAGACAAAGUACGAUGAAAUCGCGAGGAGAGGGCACGGUGAGAACAGGAUAGUUCAGGCCAGUUUCAAGGACCUGAUCCCGCUGCGACAACAGGCCAACGCCGGCGAGCUUGACCUGGAUCGCCCAAGCCAAGAGGUCGUGCAGGCCACGAAGGCGAAAACAGAGGCAGCGCUGUUGGCACUCGUUCAAGGGCAGACUGCUGCGCAGAAGCCGAAGAACGUUCAAGGCCGCAAGGACGAUGAGCCGACCUUUGUGCGAUACACACCGACAGCACAGAUGGGCGAGGCGCAGGGCAAGACUCGCAUUUUUAAGAUCCAGCAGCGACAGAUCGACCCCAUGGAGCCGCCUAAGUUCAAGCACAAGCGCAUUCCUCGUGGACCACCCUCGCCUCCGCCUCCAGUCCUCCACUCACCUCCUCGCAAACUUACCGCCGAAGACCAAGAAAUGUGGAAGAUUCCACCGCCAAUCAGUAACUGGAAGAACCCGAAGGGCUACACGGUGCCGCUCGAUAAGCGUCUUGCCGCAGAUGGGCGAGGACUCCAAGACAUCACAAUCAACGACAAGUUCGCACAGUUCGGAGAGGCACUGCAAGCCGCAGAUAGGCAUGCUAGAGAGGAGGUCAAGCAGCGCGCCAUUAUGCAGCAAAGAUUGGCGGAGAAGGAGAAGCUACAGAAGGAGGACCACUUGCGCAAUUUGGCCAAACAGGCUCGCGAAGAGCGCGCAAACGCCUCGCGCCGACGUUCUUACAGCGACUCGGAGUCAGAUUCGGAGCAGGAGGAGGUUCGUCAACGACAAGAAGCAAGGAAAGAACGUCGUGAGGAUUUCCAGCGAGAGCUACGACAGGCCAAGAUGGGCACAGACCGCAAGAUCCAGAUGCUUGCGCGCGAACAGAACCGAGACAUCUCAGAAAAGGUUGCACUCGGCCUUGCCAAGCCUACACAAAGCGGAGAAUCCAUGUACGACGCGCGGUUAUUCAACCAGUCCAGCGGGUUCAACGCAGGCAUCAACGAGGACAACCAUUACGACAAGCCUCUGUUCGCUGCUCAAGACGCUAUCAGCAGCAUUUACCGUCCUACUGUUCAGCAGGAUGACGGAGAAGACGAAGGCCAGACGUUAGACCGUAUCACGAAGUCGAGCAAAUUCGACGUGCUGGGUAAAGCCGGCAAGGGUUUCAAGGGUGCUGACUUGCAAGAAAAACGAGACGGGCCGGUGCAGUUCGAGAAGGACACAGACGACCCGUUCAACAUCAACGCAAUGAUCAAUGAGGUCAAGGGAGAGUCGAAGACGGGCGAGAAGCGUUAUGGUAUGACAGACCCCAAGGAAGAGCGAUCGACGAAGCGUGCACGAGUGGACGACGACAGUGAUUGAGAUGCUUUGGGUUGAAUUUAGUAUUUGGCAUGGUAUAGGCAUGAGCUAUGGACUUAUUCCGCGCUCACGUGAGAUUGGUAAUUCAUGUCCAGCAUCCUUACCCGAGGCUCUAGGCUAGUCGAGGAUGCUGUAGUCGGUGGAGAGAUACAGACACGACCAUCGGAUGUGAGCACCGUUGGUAUCAAAAUAAGGGCUAGCGAUCUGGCGUUGAGAUGAUUAUUGUACGCAAUAACCAGAUGGGCUUCACAAUGUCUAUGGAAUCGCAGGAGUGUGUUAGAGUCCAAUGUUUUCUUGACAAUAUAUUACUCAGCCUCGCCUUCAGCUCCUUUGCAAGGCUGCUAGCGGAUUACCUGCCAUUUGCCGAUUAUGAUAGCCCUCAUUGGUGCUUCGACGUCGGAUCGUGCACGCGGCUAAGACCUCGUCGGCU